UUGAAAAAACAAAACAAAAAAACGCAGGCACAUUAUCACACCAGUUGGAGUUUUCCCAUGCUCAGUCCAAGAGAGUCUAUAACCGGCUGUGUUCUACAUUAUGCUGAUUAUAUUGCCUUUAUUCCGGCUUUAUUUAUAUUGCUGUACCUUUCAUGUCGUAGUUACAGACUGUUUAUGUAUUGAUAAGGCUUUACUACCAUGGUGAGUCAAACUGUGGUUAUGAACAGGACCAAAACCUUUCAGAGAGCUGUGUGUGUCCUGAACAGCCUGCAGAAUAAUGGACCUCAGAAGAAACCAGGCCUGCAGCUCCAGGCCAUGCAGGGAUUCCUCCAUCGCACUGGCAUCACUGUGGGUGAACUGGACAAACUCAACAUCAUCCAUGUCACCGGGACCAAAGGAAAGGGAUCAACGUGUGCUUUUACUGAAAGAAUAAUCAGGAAUUAUGGAUUUCGCACCGGAUUUUACAGCUCUCCACACUUGGUUCAUGUCAGAGAGAGAAUACGCAUUAAUGGAGGGCCAAUCAGCAAGCAUCUUUUUACCAAGUACUUUUGGGAGGCUUAUGAGCGACUCGAUGACACAAAGGAUGCUCAUGGAGGCACCAUGCCCUUCUAUUUCCAGUUCCUGACGCUACUGGCCUUUCACGUCUUCCUGCAGGAGAGGGUGGAUUUAGCAGUGAUUGAAGUGGGGAUUGGAGGGCAGUAUGACUGCACAAAUAUAAUUAGGAAGCCAUGGGUGUGUGGGAUCACAUCUCUUGGUUUUGAUCACUGUAGUCUGCUUGGAGAAACAAUGGAAAAGAUUGCUUGGCAGAAGGCUGGGAUAUUUAAGCCAGGUGUACCAGCUUUCACUGUUCGACAACAGCUCAGUCCCCUGACAAUCCUGCAGCGCAGAGCUGAAGACAUCGGGUGUCCUCUGUACGUCUCUCCUGAGCUGGAUCAGUAUGAAGCUGCGGUCGGGCCCAUGAGCCUGGGACUGUCGGGGAAACACCAGCGCUCAAAUGCAUCCCUUGCCCUGCAGCUCAGUUACAGCUGGCUGCAGCGCCACAAAGCCGAGGAAAAAAGAGGUGGUCUCAGCUUAGUUCCUGCAGGCUGCAGACUAAGCUCUCAAGCUGCCGUGUUCCAGCCCAGCACAGCCAUGCUAAAAGGUCUACAGCAAACAGAGUGGUUGGGACGAAACCAGACGCUGAAGUGUGGCUCUGUCACAUAUUACCUGGAUGGAGCACAUACCACAGCCAGUAUGCAGGCCUGUGUCUACUGGUUCAGACAGGAGAUGAUGCAGAGGGACCAGACUCAGAGUCGUGCACUUAAAAUCCUGCUCUUUAAUACAACAGGAGAGAGGGACUCUGCUGCUUUACUCAAAGUGUUGCUGACCUGCCAGUUUGAUUACGCACUCUUCUGUCCCAACGUCUCUGAAACACCUGCUGACAACACAGAAUGGAGGGAGCAGAUGGAACUUUAGCAAUAAAGAAAGAUAAGUAAAUAAUUUGCAAGAUAUAUAGCUUUGUAAAAUUGUCAUCAAUUUCUCAUGAGCUCUUGAUUCAGAAAAAAUUUGGCACAUUGAGGGGACUGAUAUCUAUGAGUGGGUGCACAUUUAAUGCUGACUGAAUUCAAGGAGACGACUGAGCCUCAAGUCAAUGAUAAAUUCUGCAUAUUCUACUAGACCAUUAACCACAUUUGGUCUAUCAACCGAAUAACCUUCUAAAUACUUAAUAGUAAGUAAGGAAGUUGUUGUACAUGAAUUACAGUCUUCAUAUGCUUUGCUCAGUAUGGGUUUAUAUGGUAGUAAUUACACAUUCUUUCUGAAAAGCACUUCAUAAACCUGGUCUGUCUUCUAUGUACGAUAAUUACAAGUGUAAAUAAUGCCCAAAUAACUGGAGUCACACAACUACUGCAUUGAACAUAGGCUAUUCUGCGGUGCUUGUCAGGAUUGGUGGAAUUAGAUGGACCCAGGAAUAGAGGUAGUUAACAAAAAGAGUAUUUAAUAUAAAAAGAGCCUUUAACUAGACAAACACAAAAGAAACAUUAAAGGAGUUGACAAACUGGAAAGACAAGAACAGGAGGACCAAAACACAAGGAAGCUUACACGAGGCUCAGGAGAUCAGGACAGGGCAGGAACACAGGAAAGAACAGCACCAAGAAACACAGCAGGAAAAACAGACAAUCCGACAGAGGACAAAGGGAAGGACAGAGGCUUAAAUACACACAGGGAAGGCAGGGGCAAUUGAACACAGACGUAACACAUGAGGACUGGGCUGACAAUAAGAGACAGGAAGUCAAUCAAUCAAAUGAAGUGAAGACAGAAACACCCACAACAGAGAUUUACUAAAACAGAAAACGCUUUUACAAUUAAGCUUAAACAUAGACUAAAGUGCCAGAUCGUUACAGUGAUGGGUCAUGUCUUGAAAAGACUGGAGUUCUACCGAAAUGCAUAGCUUCUAUUCCCAUUUAAUGGCAUAUAAAUAUCUUCUUCAUUAAUGCAGCACUUCAGGGAUGUUUAAAGAUUUUAAAUACAAGCAAGGCAAUUUAAAGCGCUUUAAAGCGAUCCACAUCUCUUUUUAAUUGGUUUAUGUUAAUAUAAAGUGUGAUUCUUACGUAUCUGGUUUGUCUAUGGAUCACCUCUCCAUAAUUCUCUUUUCUUCAGUAAGUUUUUUUUCACUAACAUUGGGUUGGGGGUGAGGGAUAGGGGUGGGGCAUUGAUUUAAAACUUUCGACAAUAUAUCUACAUAUGUCCUUGACAUGCUAAAACAGGUCUUAGGAAAGUCAAUAAUACAUUACUGACAGUGGAUGGCAAAUACAGUAUGGUGGAUAUUGUUAAAAUGAGUCAGCAGGGUUUAUUAUAGUUCCUUGUUAGUGGGAUUUACUUUUGUUUUUACAUGUACUCCUGCUUCUGUCAUGCUGCUGCUCUCUGCAGCUCAUCACAGCAUCAGUAUGUGUGUGCAGCGCCCGCUGGCUCAUUGCAGAGAAAUCCAGAGCAGCUGGCAGAGCCUGAACGCAGCAGAAACCAUCCAUCAUCACCAGCGCCACCUUGUGACCAACCCUGUGAGUCACAGCCUGG